UUCCAGCUAUGCGAACCAGGAAAACGUUUUUACGAGACUUAGUUACGGGAAUUACACUGGUCCAUGUUAAGAUACAAGCUUUUAAAUCAAGAGCUGUUUUUUGGUCGGCCUUAGAGUUCUGAAACCUUCGCAGUCCACGGCCAACUGUUGACAAGGAGGUGAUGAAUUAACCUGUAAAUUAACAGAGUUCGCGGCGGAGGAAAGAUGAAACCAUGAUGUUUGCUUUGAGGCAAAGACCAUCCUAACGUAUUUCAUCGCCGUUGUAGAGAAAUCAGAAUGGACCAGUCGUCAGAUGUUGACAUGAACGUCCAAUCGACGGAUACACAAGAUGAAAAAGAGCCUCUGCUUCGCAACGCAAAUAAUCGUGGCGGAGCGUUCGCAGUCAUCAUUAUCUUGGUUCUAACUUUCUUUCAAUAUGUGGCCUAUUUCAGCGUCGUUAAAAACAUGGUCGGAUACUGGCAUGAGCAUUUAAAGUCAACUAUGGAUAAUGCGUGGCUCGAGAGAAUGCUGCUUGUUGGUAUUGGUCAGUGCGCUGCGCUCUUCGGAGGAAUUAUCGCUGAUGUCUUGCUGGGGAAACGCAAAACACUGGGGGUGGGAUUUACCUUCUAUUUACUUGGCGCCAUGAUGUUGGAGAUAUCUACAGUGGAUUCACAGAAUACCAGCAAGAAGUCGCUAGCGACGGCCUCCGUGGCGUUUGUCGUGUUGGCGGAGGCGUGUGUGUCACCCACACUGGCAAUUUUGGGAGCAACGCAGCUGACUGUGAACGAGUACAACUGUGAACUAGUGAUGCUUAUGUUCUACUUGUUACGUAACUGUGGCGCCCUUCUUGUGAACUACCUGGUGACGUUUGUCUUUGGGCCUGCGGGGGAUGGACAGUUUUGGCCCGCUCUUGCAGCCACUUUGGCCGCUCUGCUGUUAUAUUUGGUUGGACUGAGACGCUAUAAAAUAGAAAAGAAAAUAGAAGGGUUAACCACAUGUGGAGAGGUUUGGAUAUUGAUAAAAAGUUGGCGGCGGUCAUCCAAGGACCGCCAAAGACAUGUGACAGGCCAGAGACGGCGUAGAAGAGAGGGCGCUGCCAGUAGUUUUAAACGACUGGUCACUUUAAUUCUUGUGAACUCCUCCGUUUUCUCCUUUAGUAUUAUCUAUUCACAGGUAUAAAAAUAUUAAUUGCAGUUACAUUUUAAGCGUUCUGACACAUUCAGGUCCUACCAGUUGCACUUUAUCCUUCGCUUUUAAUCAACUUCAUGUCUUGUAGUCAUAUUUCAUAAAGUUUUUCAAUACUAGAUCCUGUACAUAUAAUA